GUGCUUUGAUGCUUACCCCUCUUCAAACGAAGUUUGGCGACUUGGGUCGAUGAAUUCUUUAAUUAGGUACCCUUGAAUUUACUGCGCCUCAGUUACAGAUCUCCUCCCAGUUCCUUACGAUAUACCAAGAACCGGAAAUUCGAGUCCUUCCACGCAAUCAGCCUACGGGCACUUCCCUAUUCUGUGCUCAGUUUGGAACACAUCAUUCCACAAAAAAGCCUUGUAUUUUCGGAGACUUACAGGUCUGAGCGUGACUAAGCUUUCCGCAAAAAAUGCAGACACGCGCGGCCAAAAGGAAGCUUGCCAGUGCAGCCCUAGAUGUCGGCGGCAAAAAUGGACCUCAUGCGGCACCGGCAGAGGCCCCUCAGACUCUGGUAGCCGUUGGAGAUUCGGAGUCCACCACCAGACUGGCGGCUUCGAGCCAGGUAACCAAAGGCACCACGAAGUCCAAGCGCGGGGGAAAAAAACAGCCCCAACGGGUCAAAGGCGGCUGGGCCCUACCUCAUGGUAUGGGUUCUGAAGUCGUCAACGAGGGCGCUUCAGUUCCCCAAAAUGUGCUGCUUCCGGAGACUAUGGAGUUGCUGCCCGAUCUAGAACCAUCAAACCACAGCGGCUUCGUUGUGACUGGGCAGCCUGACCCCAACGCCGAGGCACACACGCCCAAACAUUCGAGGUACACCCGCCUGAGGGUUCGAAUCGCAAAAGCCAGGGCUCAGGUGAGGUUGGAAGAGGCCAACGGCCGUCUCGUCAAUCAGGAGGGUGAACGUCCUCGAAAGCGGGUGCGAGUUACACCGCCGAUUGGCAGAACAGAAUCCGACAUCCGAUAUCUUCGUGAAGGGGAGCUGAAGUCCAACUCGGUGAAGAUCGAGGACAGAGCAUCACUGAUACAACCCAUACCUAAGGUUCUGAUUAUAAGGGGCAUCACAAUCAAGGACAACGUCGUUACUCGAACCUCGGGCAAAAUCAUCGUGGAUGCUAGCCAACUCCUGGACCCUAACCUGAGACGCAUCGUCAAGAGAGGCAAGGACAACCCAUACGGCUUGACACCUGGGUUCACGCCAUACCCGUACAGAAGGGUUCCAACACCUGAAGAUUGCGAAGAAGUGCACGCAAUUCUGACACAAUUGCAUGGCGAAGUAAAGCAGCCAGAGAAGAUCCCCGCAGCUUCUUUAGAAGUCGCCGGCUGCGGCGAGGUUCCUUGCGUUCUCGACGCCCUUUUGAGGACGUUAAUUAGCGGGAAUACUCUCAUGUCCCUUGCAGACGCAGCCAUAAAGAACCUGGCCGACCACUAUGGACUCCGUCAGGAAGGCACUGGUGCAGGAAGCAUCGACUGGAACAAGAUCCGGUUGUCAUCGCACCAAGAGCUUGCACAGGUCAUCAAGGUCGCCGGAAAUGGGCCCAUGAAAAGCAAGCAUAUAAAGCAGAUCCUUGACAUCGUAUUCGACGAGAAUGUUCAGCGGGCCAUGAUGCAAGAUCCAGCCCCAGAAGCAGGGAAGAAGGCUCAAGACCUGCUCUCUCUCGACUACAUGCACGGCAUGACCAAGGACGAAGCCAUGGCCAAGUUUGUGAGCUAUCCGGGAGUCGGAAUCAAAACAGCGGCUUGCGUCACAUUGUUCUGUCUUCGACUGCCAUGCUUCGCCGUGGACACACAUGUUCACAAGUUCUGCCGCUGGCUGGGUUGGGUACCGGAGAAUGCCGACCCUGACAACUGUUUUCGGCACGGCGAUUUCAUGGUUCCUGACCACCUCAAGUACGGGCUGCAUCAACUGUUCAUUAGGCACGGCCAGGUGUGCUUCAAAUGCAGAAAGGCCACCAAGCCCGGGACAAGAGACUGGAACGAGGCCCCGGACUGUCCGCUGGAGCACCUGCUCGACCGGAGCAAAGAUGAAGCGGGUGCAAAAGCUAAACAGAUCAAGAAGAUGAAGGGAGUCAAGGAAGAAGCUAGUUCUGAAACGGAAGACGCGGACAUUGAAGAGGAGGUCGAGGGGGAAUAGGGAGACAUAUGCUGGGGAGAGAGGGCGGGCACCAAGCAGAUCCUGAUGGCACCAGGAAACGUGUGUGUGUGUGGAUCUGGCACAAUGUCGGAAAGAAUUUCGCCCGGGAGGCUUUGCAAGCAUUUAGCACCAAGCGCAGAUUUGAUUUGUAGCUAGAGAUGAUGCUUGACC